GCCGCCGCCAGCAAAUUAAGGCGCAGGGCAGCAAGCGCCAGCGCUCAGUGUCCGUGGCUCCGCGCCGCGCUCCCCUCGCUCGCGCCCUAGCAGCCGCGCUCGGCUGGUGGCUACCUUAGCCUGAGACGUCCCGGCUGUCCCCAGCCCCAGAGGGAGGAAGGACACGGAGGGAAUGCUCCAGGACCCCAGGACUUUGUGCAGUUGAUGCUUGUUUCCGCCUUUGGGCUGUGCAGACUGUCGUCCUGCCGAGCGCCCCGGGGCGUGCGCACCCGCUGUAGUGCUGGGUGGGCCCUCUCCUCUCCGGCUGCCCUCGAAGUCUCUGCGGCUCUGGGGCUUUGCGGUGGGGGAUAGGGGCCAGUGUGCAGCUUUGGAGAGGUUGGAGCUGACACUUCUGGAGUCCCUGGCCCCGCUGUAACUGGUCUCGGAAACUUUGCCCUGUGUUUCGGGUCUUUGUCUCCCUUGGGGAAUCUGGACGGCAGUUCGGACGACCCAGUCCGUGGCCAGGACCGCGUGCUGGGGACCAUGGAGUUCACGGCAUCGCCCAAGCCCCAACUCUCCUCCCGGGCCAACGCCUUCUCCAUUGCCGCACUCAUGUCGAGCGGUGGCUCUAAGGAGAAGGAGGCGACGGAGAACACAAUCAAACCCCUGGAGCAAUUUGUGGAGAAGUCGUCCUGUGCCCAGCCUCUGGGUGAGCUGACCAGCCUGGAUGCUCACGGGGAGUUUGGUGGAGGCGGUGGCAGCAGCCCGUCUUCCUCCUCUCUGUGCACUGAGCCGCUGAUCCCCACCACCCCCAUCAUCCCCAGUGAGGAAAUGGCCAAAAUCGCUUGCAGCCUGGAAACCAAGGAGCUUUGGGACAAAUUCCAUGAGCUGGGCACCGAGAUGAUCAUCACCAAGUCUGGCAGGAGGAUGUUUCCGACCAUCCGGGUGUCCUUUUCGGGGGUGGAUCCUGAGGCCAAGUACAUAGUCCUGAUGGACAUCGUCCCUGUGGACAACAAGAGGUACCGCUACGCCUACCACCGGUCCUCCUGGCUGGUGGCUGGCAAAGCCGACCCGCCGUUGCCAGCCAGGCUCUAUGUGCACCCAGAUUCUCCUUUCACCGGGGAACAACUACUCAAACAGAUGGUGUCUUUUGAAAAGGUGAAACUCACCAACAAUGAACUGGAUCAACAUGGCCACAUAAUUUUGAACUCAAUGCAUAAGUACCAGCCAAGGGUGCACAUCAUUAAGAAGAAAGACCACACAGCCUCAUUGCUCAACCUGAAGUCUGAAGAAUUUAGAACUUUCAUCUUUCCAGAAACAGUUUUUACGGCAGUCACUGCCUACCAGAAUCAACUGAUAACGAAGCUGAAAAUAGAUAGCAAUCCUUUUGCCAAAGGAUUCCGGGAUUCCUCCAGGCUCACUGACAUUGAGAGGGAAAGUGUGGAGAGCCUGAUUCAAAAGCAUUCCUAUGCACGCUCACCCAUCCGUACCUAUGGAGGAGAAGAAGAUGUCUUGGGGGAUGAGAGUCAGACAACCCCAAAUCGAGGGUCAGCCUUUACAACAUCUGAUAAUUUGUCUCUCAGCUCCUGGGUAUCAUCUUCUUCCAGUUUUCCUGGGUUUCAGCACCCACAGUCCCUGACUGCUCUUGGCACCAGCACAGCAUCCAUAGCAACACCCAUUCCUCACCCCAUCCAGGGUUCUCUGCCACCAUAUAGCCGACUGGGAAUGCCUCUGACCCCAUCGGCCAUUGCCAGCUCCAUGCAAGGGAGUGGCCCCACAUUCCCUUCAUUCCACAUGCCGCGAUACCAUCACUAUUUUCAGCAGGGGCCCUAUGCUGCCAUUCAAGGACUACGCCAUUCCUCUGCUGUGAUGACGCCAUUUGUAUGACUCUUCAAAAAAUGGAGACCCAGAAUGCGCAAAUGGGUAUGGAAAUAUAGGACAGGGCUGGGUGGGUGGGAUGUGGGGUAUUGGAGCAGGGGCUUUCCAGGAGACACAGGACCUAUCAAAGAGGAGAGCUGGACUCACAAUAAAACCUACCACUGAGGGAAUGCACCACGGACCAGGAUUCAUCUGUAGUUGAGGGACAGCUCUUGGGUUCAGGAGAGAAUCCAUGUAAAGUUCUCAGCCAGCCUGAAAGUUUAAUAAUACAAGGCUGAUGAAUCUUAAAGUGCAUUAUUCCUCAUGGUUAAAACGCUGUGUUGAUGCGGUAAUGUAUAAAAUCAAUGUGUAUAGGGUUUCUUUCUGCUUUUCACAGGAUAAAAGAAUCUUCAAAGAGGCCAUACUAUAUAGCAUACUGACCAUAAUGACUAACUGAAGUCAAUUUAUCCCUGUAGAAAAGGGGAGCCAGUAGAGAAAUACUUGUAGUGCCGUAGCAUAAGCAUGUUCAGUUUUCUUUUGUGUUAGUCUGCUGGGAAAGGAGCUGAGAUAAUGCUAAUGCAUCCUGUUUUGUGGAUGAAUACAUGGUAAUGACCUCACAAAGUUCUAUUUGUAAUACUGAAGGGCCAGUAACCAACAAGCUUGGUUUUCACAGUCUUCUUUCUUCCUAGUUUUCUUUAUUGCAAAUACUUGGCAGAGUUAGGGUUGGGGCUAGGGUUAUGGAGGAAAAAUCUUCCAUGUACAGUUUUGAAGCAAGAGCCUCUCUAUAUUACAUGGUAAAACUGAAGUUUGAUUUUUCUGGGCUGCGUUCUAAACACACUACUGACUAAUUCACUGAGGAACUCUCCAAAGCCUAGGCAUGAUGUUAUGUGAGGCUUGCUUUCACUUACAGCUGCAACAGAAGGAUGGUGAUUCUAUUCCAAAAGGAUUUCUCUGCCAUUAGUGCCAGAGGUCCCUUCAUUUUCCUUUAGUUUUGGGAGACCUUGUAGAUGUUAAAAUGCAUCUGGACAAAUUCUCAUUUUCAGUAAAUCUGCCUUGUUGUUGCUGCCACUGAUUUACAAGGAUUUGAGAAUGACCAUUCUAAAUGCCAGGAUAGCCAUGAUUUAACCUGUGCUCCUGAGUGGAAACGUGUCCAUACAUCUAAUUUGGCCUUUUUCCUUACUGUGUUACAUUUAGUGACUCCUGUACCAUUUUGCUAGGUCUGUAAUCUUAAAUUGCUUGAUAACAUAAUGGCUUCAUAACUGAAAUGUUAGCAGUUCUUAUAAGUCAACUAAAGCAUUCUUCUACUUUAUUUUAAACUUUUGCUAUCUUCUUAAGCCUUCCUUUAAUGUUUAUAAUAGCAACAAAUUAUAUUUUAGUUAUAUAUGACCUGUAUAUUGUUUUUGAACAGCAUAUAUAGAUAUAUAUAUAAAAGCAUUUACAGUCAGGGUAACACAUUUGGCAUUUUGCAACAAUUUAUUUCCCUAAUAACGUAUUUAAUGAAAUUAAUAGUUUUUCAACUUCAGAUUUAAUGCACUUCAACUACAGGAUGUAACCUGUCGUCUUAGCAAAUUUCUCCAAAACUCUAUUUUAAUUUUUUGUAUGUAAUAUUCAUUCUACUCUUCUUGCUACAAAAGUAUUGAAUCUGUUAAAAGAGAUGGGAAAUAUUUCCACUGACAGUAGAAGUGUAUUUUGGGGGAAAUGCAAUAUACUUAUCACAUCAGACUCCCGUGGGAUUUUAUUUGGUGGUUUUAAUGUUAGCCUUUUCCAUAUCACAUGCUUUUCUGGGCACUUCCAGCCUGUGAAACAAGGCAUCAUGGCACAGCCUGUCUAGGUGAUGCUGUUGUUGGAUUUUGCACUUGCUAUCCUCCACUAUACUCUGAAGUUUACUUACAGAAAAGCAUAGGCUGUGUUAACAAAGCAUCUCACGAUCCUACAGCAAACACAGUGGGCUAAUUUUUAACUUGUUGCAUGUUAUGCUGUAGUAUCCACAGGUAGUUUGUUUUCAAACAAAGUACAGGUGUCAUUUCUUUAAAAAACCUGUUAUGAGUAAUGUUUAAACUAUCCGUAGAGCUAGGAUAGGGGUUUACUAUUUAAUAGCUGGCCUGUUGCCAGUGCUCUUUUGAAUAUAGAGUACUGCUGCUUAAAGCAGGAAUAACAAAAGAUGCUGUUUUACAUAAUGCUACUCAAUACCCUGAUAACUUACUGGUCUACUAAGGUAAAAUCUGUGUCUGAAUUUUAUUUUCAAACAGGAUGAAAAGAUUGUUUUAAUACAUACUGUUUUGAUACAUACAUUUAAUACAUACAUUUCUGCCAAUUUGCAUAUCUCAAAGAUAUUUGUGUGUUUUUGUUAAACAUGGUUUUACACUAGUAUUUCCUGACUUCAUAAUUUUAUUUUGUAAUUAAGCAAUAUAAGACUAUAAAUAAGAGUGCUUAGAGAAAACAAAGACUAGUCAGACCUAAAAUCUAAAUUGGAUGUAUAUUUUUAAGUAUCAUCCGAACCAGAGAAAAGAAGCACAAGUGAAAUAGAGCUUAACCUCAUCAGAGUCACUUGAGUCAUGGAAACCAAGGGGUAGAAAUUUCCCCUCCCUGGGCCUUUCUGAGGUAUCCUGGUGGUUGAUUCUUAUUAAACCCUUGGGAGUUUAGUAUUUAAAAUUCCAAAGCCCAUUCUGGCAAAAGUAAUUUCAAGAACUACAUAUUUAAUGGAAAAGCCAAUUGAAUAAUAAAGGCCAUGAAUUAUAAUAUAUUUGGCAUAUAUUCAGGGUUCCUCCCACCUCUCUCCCCACGCCACGAGUAUAC